AUUUGAGAAUAAAAUGAGUAAGAAGCCAGGAAAGCCACAUGAAUUGACCACUACCAUCCAGAUCGAGGCAUGGAGACAGAGACUUAACACUGAAAAUAGAACCAUGAAGGACAGAGACAUGAAGGAGAUCGAAAGACUCCAAGCUGAGCUUGACGGCAAAAAUACUUACUUUAAUAUUUAUAAGAAAGACGAAGUUAAAAAGAAGGAACAGGAAGACGAAGAUGCUAAAGAAGAACUUGGAUAUGACAUGACUCAUGAACAAGAAGCUCCUGAGAACAAGACAUGGAUGAAGAGAAAGUACGGAAGUCAAUGGGCUCCAGAAAGGGAAAGAAAGCCAGCCCAGGAGACACAGUUUAUUCCAUCGACUAGUUCUCAGGAGUAUGGAUGGAGAGAACCGCUUGAUACCUUCCAGUUUGGAUAUAAUAAGUCAGGAAUUUGCCAGAGAACUUUCAAUGAUGGAAGUCAUCUUAGCUAAAUUAUACCAAGAAAAUUCAAAUCUG